GCUCUUACACGGCAUUAUUGGUCGCACGAUGUCACUCUACAUAAUUCUCAUACGGGUUCUGGUAAAUACUCAGCAAGAAUUGAACACAGGGUGUACUUAAGACGCAAGGGUGUUUCAUCGGUUUUGGAAACUCACAUCCGCAUAAAAAGAACGCACAAGAGCACACCGCUUCAAACGAUCCCACCCAUCGUGAUCAUGGCGGGGUGCGCUCUAUGAAUGUCAGUACUAUUACACUGGCAAACCAAGUACAGUGGAUACUCUGACAAGUGCUAUCAAUUUCAGAAACCCUUUCUUUUUUUCAAUUCCUUCCUUGGUACAAGAGUACUUUCUGUGGUCAGUUCAUGAUCGGGCUUGAAAAAUCGGAGCGGAUGUACAGUUCGCUGCCGCCGCUGCUUCCGAUAACGUCAUAAAUUAGAGUGAAUUCAAGAUGGGGGAAAUAAGUGUAGUGUAAUGUUCCAUUAAUCCAUUUCCGAUCCUAAAAUUCGAUCGAAAUGGCAUGUCCAUUCUCACGUUUCGCCGGAAGCAGUGUUGAAGACGAAGGUAAAGACGUAACGGAUGAUCAUCCCAGGACUGGACAUGCGACACGUGAUAAGCUCAAGCCUUUUAGACAAUCCUCAGUGCAAAUUACCUCAUCCUUGCUUGGGGAAGAUUUUGAUGACCAGGAGGAUACACAGACACUCAACCUUAAACAUCUGCGAGCUGCUGUCCUCAUGCUGACAAAUCCUUCGAACGAAGUAAUCGCCGUUGCUCUGGAAGCCCUGCUAAACAAAAACGAAGUUCCACUUCCGACGUCUGUCUCUUUAGAAAAGCUCCUUUACAAUGUCGAGAUUGAAGAAAACUAUAAUUUACUGGAGGACAUCUACGAAACGCUCAACUAUGAUUUCGAUAUUGAUGCAAACGUUUUUCUCGAACACAUUGGACAAGAAAUUAUUACAACAGCUUGUGUGGGUUUGUUGGAACGAGCCUUUAUGUGUUUAGGUAACGAUCUUACGGCUUUCUUAACGACUCUUGACGGAGUCAACGAUGUUGUGCAGCAUCAAUCAGGCUUAGCAUCUGAAGCCGAAUUCGUCUGCAUUGCAACCUCAGGAGCACUAGAACUUCACUUCACUACCGAUCACCCGUCCAUUGCCUAUCUUCUGGUCGGUAGUCUUAAAGGCAUUGCCAGAAAAUUUUAUAAUGAUAAAGCUGACGUUUAUAUAUUACCGGACCCUUACAACACCAAAUUUUUUAGAUAUCGCAUAACACCAGAACGCUACAGCGAGAAUUUAGACGUGGAUGACGAUUUGGAUGUUGUAUCGCCCUAUUUCCGUCCACUCUCGAACGAAGCGACGGAUUUACGGAUGGAUGUUGCAGUUUUUUGUAAGGCUUUUCCAUGGCACUUCGUUGUAGAUCGACAACUCGAACUGGUUCAACUUGGUGUUGGAUUCAUGCGAAUUUUCGGACACCAUCUCAAUAGACUUGGCAAGGAAAUAUCAAAUUUUUUUGCCUUCACGAGACCCAGAGGUGUUACACUUACCUUUCACGAAAUCCUCAAAAGGGCUAACACACCCUUCGUACUCGCACUGCAGAAGCCAACAAAAGCUGAGAAGUUCCAAGCAGAGGGAUUGGAAUUCAAAGGACAAAUGGUACACUGCCCGGAAUCAGACUCUAUUCUCUUUGUUGGUUCACCUUUUCUCAAUGCGUUAGAAGGUCUGACUGGUCGAGGACUUUUUAUUUCGGAUAUUCCUCUUCACGAUGCUACAAGAGAUGUAAUACUAGUCGGAGAGCAAGCAAGAGCGCAGGAUGGUUUACGGCGGCGUAUGGAUAAAUUAAAAAGUUCCAUCGAGGAAGCCAACCGGGCUGUCGAUGCUGAGAGAGAAAAGAAUGUUAGUCUUCUUCACCUCAUCUUUCCACCAGAUAUAGCUAAGCGUCUCUGGUUAGGGGAAACUAUAGAAGCCAAAAUCUACGCCGAUGUUACAAUGCUCUUCAGUGACAUUGUCGGAUUUACUGCAAUAUGCUCGACAGCGACUCCAAUGAUGGUUAUUAAUAUGCUACAAAAUCUGUAUGAGCAGUUUGAUAUUUAUUGUGGACAGCUGGAUGUUUACAAGGUGGAGACAAUCGGUGAUGCCUACUGCGUAGCGUGCGGACUUCAUAAGAAUACAAGUACACACGCCCAGCAAAUCGGUUGGAUGGCAUUGAAAAUGAUUCAAACAUGCUCACAGCAUCAUACACAUGAUGGGAAACCAAUAAAGAUGCGAAUUGGUAUUCAUACUGGAAUGGUAUUGGCUGGAGUUGUUGGGAAGAAAAUGCCUAGGUAUUGCCUGUUCGGACACAACGUUACUUUAGCCAACAAAUUUGAAUCAACAAGCGAACCACUUAGGAUUAACGUGAGCCCAACUACGUAUGAAUUUCUCAUGCAGACGCCGGGAUUCAUACUGGAAGCGAGGACCAAAGAUAAUCUACCAAAAGAAAUGCCAUCAAAUACUCCAGGGAUAUGCUACUUUCUGAAUAGCUACAUACACAGCGACGUAGAUAAGAGCCAACCGUUGGAUGUUCAUAUACAAAAUGCUCUCACUGAACUUGAAAUAAUUAGCAGCAAUAUGUAGAUAAAAACUUAUUUUAAGAAACACAUCUUGUGGAGAGGAGACUGCACCAAAAACAUGACAGUGUGUGUACAAUGACAACAUAAUACGAAGCAAAUUAUUAUGUAUACUCUGAUGCUCUUACAAUUGGUGUGCAUGGUAACAUUUAUGAUUUAACGUAAACAGCAUAACCGACUCAUUGAGUUUCAUAAAACAAUUACCGCGUUGAGUACAAUCAUACGUUCACUUAAUAGAUAAAAUACGCAGACAUACCAAAAGGGAUCAAAAAACAGUUAUUCAGAAAGAAAAAAAGAAGAUGUAUUACUUAUGUUCUUGGGUCUCUUUGUUCCUUCGCGUUUUCUAAUAAGAACGCAAUUAGUAUUUUUAAAUCUUGAGUUACAGAAAAUAAUAUAAUCUUUUUCCCAGAUUCAACAAAUAGUAUGUAAAAGUCAUGUUAAUACUCUAUACCAUAUACGUUCACUGCAUGUUUGUAA